UAGCUUUUCAUUUACAGUUUUGCCAUUUCCUUAUAAAAAAAUUUUUACAAGAAACAACCGGAGAAAAAGUUUCUAAAAAUGGAAGGUUGCCGGAAGUCUAGUUCAGCUCCGGCAGGGGUAAAAUUGCAAAGGAAAGAUGUGGAGAAAAAUAGAAGGAAUUAUAUGAAGAAUCUGAGUAAUCAGCUUUAUUCAUUGCUCCCUACAACUCACGUCUCUCAGGAAUCAAUGGCAUUGCAAGAUAAAAUAGAUGCAGCAAUAAAGUACAUAAAAAGUACAGAAAUGAAAUUGGAGAAAAGCAAGAUGUACUUGGAAGAAUUAAGUAGGAUGAGUAGAAAGAGGCCCAAAUCAACUAAUGAGCCCAGCCCAAGUACCAAGUUACCACCUCAGAUCCAAGUCCAUGAAAUGGGCCCAAACAUGGUCGUUGUUGUAAUAACUGGCCUUAAUAAUAUAGCCACUUUUAAUAACAUCAUUCGGUUAUUUUUCGAGGAAGGUGUAGAAGUCGUGUAUACUAAUUUUGCACUCAAUGGAAACUCUAUGUUGCAGAUUUCUCAUGAAAACAAGAUCAACAUGAGUUCACCAAUGGAAUCUACAGCUACAAAUCUUUGUGAUAAGCUGAAGGAAUUGCUUUAUGGGAAAUCUUAUGGCAAUGAAAUGGAAUCCCAAUUACAUUUAUGGGACUAUAUAUUUGAAUCUGAGUUAUUAGGAUUUCAUGAUGUAGAAUUACUACCAACAAGUCAAAUUCCAAACAUGUGUAGUUAUUAUUAGCAAAUAUUUUGGCAGGGUAGUCAUUUUUAUAAUAAUAUUUUAUUGUAACAAUCAAACUUCU